AUGGCUUCCACCUCCGACCUUUCCCUACCACCCCACUCCUCUGAGCUCGGGGACUACGGCUCCAUGAGCCUAGACCAAACAUCCUUCGCCCUCUACACCCUUACCGAUCUCCCCUCUAACGGAUUCAACCGCAUUCUCUCAACAGCAAAUGGAUGGAGAUAUUGUGCCAAGUUCAGGGCAGUGGGUAGUGGAUUGGGAGGUAAAGAUAUGGCAGAUGAGGGCUUACUCGUUAGAAUGGCGUGUAUGAGAGAUGAUGAUGAUGAUGAUGAUGACGAUACAACGAUGAAAGGGGUGUAG